CAUGGAGGACAGCGGCUCCCGCAUCCGCCGGCGGGUGUCUGUCCGCAAAAGGAACCGCCGCAGCCUAGAGAGCCUCUGUGCCGCCUCCACCCCUGCCGAGCUCCAGCCGGCGGAGCACCGGGCGGACCUAGAGGACGAAGCGGCGGUCGGGAGCCGGCGGCGGAAAACCGGGAGCCCGGAGCCCGCCCAGGAAAAUGACAGUGAAGUGGACAUGUUUAGUGACUAUGACAGCUUUACAGAAAAUUCCUUUUUAGCUCAAGUUGAUGACUUGGAACAGAAAUGCAUGCAACUGCCUGAACACAGUAAACAAGUUACAGACUUUGCCACCAAAGAUCUUUGUUCAGAAGGCAUCGAAAACAAGCCCAGUGCUACUACUGCCUCUGAGUCUAAUGAGCACGGACACAGCCAGAGUGAUGCAGACGGCCCUGUUGGGUUAGAACCUGGAAACGACCUUUUGUUUGAUGUGCCUUCUUCUCAAAUUUUAUACUUUGAAAGUAUGCAGAACUCUUCAAAUGAUUUGGGUGGCCAGCCUGCGAAGGAGGGAGUCGGAAACUCACGAAGGUCAUUGAAUGAAGGCUUGGCCUGUAGCCAUAUAGAGCAACCCCAGCAAAAUAAGGAAGUCUCUAAAGUCAGCGCUUCCUCAGAGACAAGCAGGAGGAAGAGUAUUAAAGACCAUCUCAAGAAUGCCAUGACUGGGAAUGCCAAGGCCCAAACCCCAGUCUUUUCCAGGAGUAAACAACUCAAGGAGACUCUCCUGUGUGAGGAAAUCAGCGUUGCUAAGGAAGCAAUUGAGUCAUCGUCAGAUGACCUUGGUCCUUUUUAUUCGCUACCCAGCAAAGUGAGAGACCUUUAUGCUCAGUUGAAAGGAAUCAAAAAACUAUAUGACUGGCAGCACACGUGUUUGACAUUAAGUUCUGUGCAAAAAAGAAAAAAUUUAAUAUAUUCCUUGCCGACGAGUGGCGGGAAAACCCUUGUGGCUGAGAUCUUAAUGCUACAGGAACUGCUCUGCCGACAGAAAGAUGUUUUACUGAUCCUUCCGUAUGUGGCUAUUGUUCAAGAAAAGAUUUCCAGUUUAUCAAGUUUUGGUGUAGAACUUGGUUUCUUUGUUGAAGAAUAUGCUGGAAGCAAAGGAAGAUUUCCUCCUACUAAAAGGAGGGAAAAGAAGUCGUUGUAUAUUGCCACUAUUGAGAAAGGGCAUAGCCUGGUGAACUCCUUGAUUGAAACGGGAAGGAUCAGCACACUAGGUCUGGUUGUCGUCGAUGAGUUGCACAUGAUUGGUGAAGGGAGCCGCGGUGCCAUACUGGAGAUGACCCUGGCAAAAGUGCUCUACACUAGCAAAACAACUCAGAUUAUCGGCAUGAGUGCAACGCUAAACAACGUAGACGACCUUCAGGAGUUUCUCAAAGCCGAGUAUUACACGAGUCAGUUCAGACCAGUUGAAUUAAAAGAAUACCUGAAAGUAAAUGACACACUAUAUGAGGUAGACAGCAGAGCUGCGAAUGGCAUGACCUUUUCACGUCUCCUGACUUAUAAGUAUUCUGAUGCCCUGAAAAAGAUGGAUCCUGAUCACUUGGUGGCAUUGGUGACUGAAGUUAUUCCUGACUAUUCCUGCCUAGUGUUUUGUCCCAGUAAAAAGAACUGUGAAAAUGUAGCGGAAAUGCUGUGCAAAUUUUUAAGCAAGGAAUAUCUCAACCACAGAGAGAAAGAAAAAAGUGAAGUGAUUAAACACCUGAGGAACAUCGGCAGUGGCAAAGUGUGUCCUAUCCUGAAGCGUACUAUCCCGUUUGGAAUUGCCUAUCACCACAGUGGUUUAACUACUGAUGAACGGAAGCUUCUGGAAGAGGCCUACUCCACAGGUGUGCUCUGCCUUUUCACCUGCACAUCCACCCUGGCAGCAGGCGUCAAUCUGCCUGCUCGGAGAGUCAUCUUGAGAGCUCCCUACGUGGCUAAGAAAUUCUUAAAGAGGAACCAGUAUAAGCAGAUGGUCGGCAGGGCUGGCCGGGCUGGCAUAGACACUGCUGGGGAGAGCAUUCUGCUGCUACAAGAAAAAGACAAACAGCAGGUCCUGGACCUAAUAAAUGGGCCACUGGAAAACUGCUACAGCCAUCUUGUUGAGGAGUUCACAAAGGGGAUCCAGAGUUUGUUUCUCUCUCUAAUUGGUUUGAAGAUUGCAACAAGUCUUGGUGACAUAUAUGAGUUUAUGAAUGGUACAUUUUUUGGUGUUCAGCAAAAGAUUUUAUUGAAAGAAAAAAGUCUCUGGGAACUAACUGUUGAUGCACUUCGACACCUGACGGAGAAGGGACUGCUACAGAAAGACAGCCACAGCAAUCCUGAGGAGCUACGGUGUCAUUUCCACAUUACAAAGUUGGGCCAAGCUUCUUUUAAGGGAGCCAUUGAUUUGGCCUAUUGUGACACUCUGUAUAGAGACUUGAAGAAAGGUCUUGAAGGACUUGUACUGGAAAGCCUUCUCCAUCUGGUCUACCUAACAACGCCCUAUGACCUUGUCGCUCAGUCUGAGCCCGAGUGGAUGGUGUACUUCAGGCAGUUUAGUCAACUCAGUCCAGCAGAGCAAAAUGUAGCCGCUCUUCUUGGAGUCUCCGAAAGCUUUAUUGGGAAGAAAGCGUCCGGGCAAGCCAUCAGAAAGAAGGUGGACAAGAACAUCGUCAACAGACUCUAUCUGUCUUUUGUCCUUUAUUCCUUGCUGAAAGAGACCAGCGUUUGGAGUGUGUCUGAGAAAUUUAAUAUGCCCAGAGGACAUAUACAAAAUCUGCUUACAGGAGCCGCCUCCUUCUCAUCCUGCGUGCUGCAUUUCUGUGAGGAGCUGGAGGAAUUCUGGGUUUACAGAGCCCUUCUGGUGGAACUUACCAAGAAACUGACAUACUGCGUGAAGGCGGAGCUAAUCCCACUAAUGGAAGUGACCGGAGUCUUAGAGGGUCGAGCAAAGCAGCUAUAUAAUGCAGGUUACAAAAGUGUCAUGCACUUAGCCAACGCCAAUCCAGAAGUGCUGGUAAGGACAAUUGACCAUCUGUCCAGGCGGCAGGCCAAGCAGAUUGUUUCCUCAGCAAAGAUGCUGUUGCAUGAAAAGGCGGAGGCUUUGCAAGAAGAAGCAGAAGAGCUACUGAGGUUGCCUCCAGACCUCCCUGGGCUGCGGGGCCCCAGCACUGAGAAGGCAGCAAGCCAAGCUGGGGACGCAGCUCUGCACUAGAGCGUUUGCCUGAGGUGCCUGAGGCCCUGUGUUGAGUCCUCAGUACCGCCAAGAAAGUAGAAAAGGCUGAAGGGGUUAUACAUUGGCAUGGUGGUGAACCUAUAAUUCCAGCUCUUGGGAGAUAGAG